CAGCAAUCUGCCCAGACGCAGCAUGAUGAGGAAGGUGCUGGUAACGAACGGAGAUCAGGCCGCGUACCACCGGAGUGGGAAGAGCUAGCGAGCGAGACGACCCAAGACACAGGACGGAGAGAGACAAAGAGAGGAGGGUAAAGCAAGCAUGCACGACUCUCACAGGCGAUGCGAGCACAUCGGGUGCACCAAGUGGCCGCUCUACGCGUUCGAGGGAGAAAAGGCCAAGUACUGCUCCCAGCACAAGGAUGAAGGAAUGGUCGACGUCAGGAGCCGUAGGUGUCAGGAGCCGUCAUGCACCAGGCAACCGAGCUUCGGGUUCGAGCACCAAAAACCCAGGUUCUGCGCGGCCCACAAGGACGUCGGGAUGGUGGAUGUGGUUAGCAGGCGAUGCGAGGAGACCGACUGCCGGAGGCGACCCCUUUACGGUCACGAAGGAGAAAAGGGCCGCUUCUGCUCAUACCACAAGAGCGACGGCAUGGUCGAUGUGGUGAACAAGCGAUGUCAGCACCCAGGCUGCAAGAAGAGACCCGUGUUUGGCUUCGAGGGGGAGAAGGGCCGCUUUUGCUCGCUGCACCGAUCAGGGGGCAUGGUCGACGUCGUCUCCCGGCGCUGCGACUCGCCCGGCUGCAAGCGGCAGCCCAGCGGCACGACCGACGCCACCCACGUGCAGUUCUGCUCCCUCCACCGCGGCGACGGCAGGGCCGGUUACACGCUGCUCAUGCUCGCGCAGCGCGAGAGGCUUGCGGCGGCGGCCGCCCUCGAGGAGCAGCAGAAGCAGCAGCGCGCCCGCGACCGCGCCCCGGCGUCAGGCUCCUGGCCCGGCAAAGACAUGCCCUACUCCGACUACCGCCCGCGGUGGGAGGCGGCCGGCUCGUCCGGUUCCUCCGGCGGGGCGAGCUUCUCCGGUGGCCAGCCCACGCCGGGCGGGCCGACCGGCACCUUCGGGAGCAACUCGUCGAGCUCGGGCAGCUUCAGGGGCGAGAGCUUCCUGAGCACCCAGCGCCGCAAUACCGACGAAGGCGCGGCCGGCGGCGAGCCGGGCAGCGUCGGCCAAGACGGCAAGGCGGCCGCUCACAACCCUCAGCCGUGGGUGUGGUCGGCCCAGCCCCGCGGCUCCUCUCAUGGGGCGCGCCGCCCGCCCCCGCUCAAGAACCCGGCGGAGGCCGGUGUGCUGGGCAUCGCCGGUCGGCAGCAGUCGCCCCUGCUCGACUCUACCCGCGGGGACAGCCCGGGGGCGGAGUGGACGAAACCCUCUUCGACGCAGUCGGCGCACGCCAUGUACCCGGCCGUGAAGCGCCACUGUUCGCCCCGCAGGCGCUCGUUCAGCCACUCCCCGGAGCCCGGCUCGCGCACCAUGGCGGGCCUUACCGGCAGCAUGGCCGGUCUGCAGGCGUCCUCCCCGGCGUCCCCGAACAUCAUGAGCCUGGGCGCCUCCGGCGGGACCCCUUCUCCCGGCGCCAUGGGAAUCCCCACCCCGCCGGGCUCGUCCGGGUCCGCGGCCCUGCCCCCGCCCCACCGGCCGCCCCGCUCGAACGCCCAGCGCUUGGCGCAGCCGCAGUUCCAAAACCGCGCCGUCCCGCGCAGCAGCUCGGGCGGCCCGCCUCGGCCCCCUCGCUCCCUAUCCCCGGGGGGCGUCGCGUCGACGGUGCGCAGCCCCGACGGGUUCGUGUACGGGCUGUCGGGCGCCGGGCGGAGCCCCGGGAGCGGGGUCGGCUUCAGCCCGAGCGGGGUCUUCAGCCCGGGCAGCGCGAUCGGGAGCGUCAUGAGCGGGGGAGGGCUAAACAGCGCCCGCAGCAGCGUUUCGAGCACCGGGCCGAGCCCGAGGUGGGCGAGCCCGCGCAACCGCGCGUUCCGCCACACCCGCACCCGGUCGCAGGGCAGCGUCGCGGACACCAUGGAGGACCUGAGCAUCGUGGACCCCAUCCCGCCGACGUUGGAGCCGCUGCGGACCCUGCCCCCCGUCACGACGCCGCUCCGCUCGCCCCGCGACCGCUGGCGCGCCGGCUUCGUCGAGCGGCGCAACAACAGCGAGAUCAUCCUGCCGCUCCCGGACAGGACGCAGCCGGACCCGGCCCCCGGUCCGGCCAGCGACGUGCGGCGCCGCUCAUUCACGGCGUCCUUGUUCGAGCGGCAGGACCAGAUGGACAUCAAAGACGAAGGCAUUGCCAGGCCCGGCGGGCCUGGCGGAGGAGUCCCCGGCGGCCCAGGUAGCGGGGACGGCGGGGGGAGCAGCACCAACGGCGCGAUGAUAGCGGCGGGCGCCGGGGAGGGGGAUAGGUGGGGCGCCGGGAUGUGGAGCUCUCCAGGGGAAGGGGUUUUUCAGGCGACCUCUGCCGGGGCCCGGCAGCAGGGGUGGCCUCACCAGAUGCAGAACGGGCGGACAGGGGAUGAGGGCGGCGGCGGAGGUGGCGGCGGCCACGCCGAGGCCAAGGCUACGAGGAGGGGAUCGCACCACUCGGUCGGCACGAUGCCGCUCACCUCCUCCGAGUCCCUGGGCGGUGGGGACGGCGGUAGUGUGUUUUUCUCCGCCGAGGGGUGACGUCAUCGCUUGUUAACAGCCGGCACGGCGUGCGGUGACGUGAGGCGAAGGCGGGAAGGAGCAUGGCACGAGGUUACGUGAACUAGCCCCCCGUGUUUUGCUUGUUUGGCUUGCCGUUUUUUUUUUGCCGUCGAUCGUGUUGGCGUAGUCUCGUGGUGGAGGAGGUUAACAGGGCGAGUCGGCGGGCAUCGCGCUGUUUAGUGGUGCCCGUUGGCAACAAUCAGAGGUAGGUGUGUUGCACGCGGUGGUUGGUAACGCAGGUGAUGCGAACCGAUCUACAUGGGAGGGCGCAUCGCAGGCGCGUGUAAAGUGUUUGUUCUUGUCGAGAUUGUGUUUGGGGGGAGAAAUGCAAGGGGACAGCCGUACAGCAAGCAGGACACAUGCUGGGCCCUCUCCGCUGGAGAAAUCUGUACGCUAUCAAUUUUAUGGUCCCCUCGUCAUCGUUUUUUUGUGUCCGAUGGUUGUGGAGUGGGCUGCUGCUGAAGACAAUCGCGGUGCUCCCUCCACCAGGAAAAUUCUAGAGCUUUUCGGGAAGUAUGUAUGUGCCGGCCUAGAGAGGAUUUGGCCUUUGUUGAAGUCGGCGGAGAUGUGUUUCUUCCAAGGGUGGAUGGAUGGAUUGAUGGACUGCAUGUGUAUUCCAGAUGUUUUGGCUGCGAUGUUCGUAACCCCAGUUCCGAGAUGCCGUGCUUGAGAGAUGUUUGUUGAGGGUAGUUAGUUGGAUCGCGGUUGGUUACGUUUGACGCGGUGUGUGGCCUCGACGAUACAAGAGGAUGAAAUAUCAAAUAUCCAUCCACACUCAAUUGUCGUUGUGUUGCUUCUGCUGGUGUUUAAAAACAAUACCCUUCGUUAGAAAAAUCAAGUUCCUUGGCCUCGUUGGGGCCCCUCGUCGUCGUCGUCGUCCCUGUUCUGUGUAGUUAGUGCGUGUUCGUCUGCGGGUGUUCUAGGCGUUUUUUGUCCGGGCUGGUCCUUCCGGCGUAAGCCUCUGCUCCGCAGUGCACACCUUUCCGUGUGGUUGUGGAACUUGUUGUCGUAAUACAUACAGGAAGGCUUGGGCUUACAACACAGGGUUGUUUGUUUUCCGUCUGGCUGCUGUGUCGCUUGUUUUGUUUUCUAACUUUUGUUUUUGUUUUUGUUUUCGGUCCAUUUAUCAAUAUCAUUUUCUUGCCUGCUGGUGGUGGUAUGUUGUGGUGUCGAGUUUCGAACAACGUAACGUCGUGUGCACGUUUUGCUGAUUGUGUCAAUGCGUUUUAUCAUGUCGCUGUUUUUUCCGCCAAAGACGUGGAGUUUUUUUUACUUACAUUUAAGUGGGGGAAGGGGGGGGGGGGGCUGGGGGAUUAGUCAUCAUUGAAUAUUCGCCUCGAUCUGGGGUGAGUAUCAACAACGCAAGGGCCGACGUCUGCAUACUUGUCAAGGGCGGUGGUCGUGGUGUCAGUCUCACACCCCGCCCGGUUGCUUGGUAGGCUUAGAGGAGUGCAUCGUAUGGUGCACCGGCAGUUUUUGCGAAUCACAGAAAACUAAGGACGUCGCAGAUUUUUCCCGUGGUGAGAGCAUCAUUUUUUUCCUUUGUGUGUUCUCACCCAUCUUACUCUACUGUUAACGUACCUUUUCAUUAGGCCGUGGGGGCAAAACCAACGGUAGGCGGCAAUAGCUGAGCGAGGUCCAGGGGUGCAAUGGUUUGGUAAAUUUUAACAGUUGUGGCAUUUUUUCAAGGUAGAAAGCAGAGGUUGGGUGUAGAGUAUGUUUGGGUUCCAUUUGAAUGCAUUCAGUUAGCAGAGGAGGUAAAGAGGGAGAAAGUAGGCACGAUGGGCGUCCCCGGUGGCUGGUUUUUUAUGUGCCUCAGAACGUACGUUUUGGUUUUUAUUCCCUUGUCUUGAUAAAAAUUCGGUGUCAGUGAUGGAAAAAGCAAAUAUACAUAUAUAUAUAUAUUACAUGUAUUCAUGUGUUGCGUCCCACAUCCUUUUUCCUUGUGGCAAAAUCGCGCAGUUUUUCGUUUUUCUGCACCCUGUUGAGCGAGUGUGUAGUCGAGGUGAGCCUCUCAACCAAGUGUAGGUAGAAUGGGCUAGAAGGUGAGGGCCCCAAGCGUGUUUUUGGUCCAAGCUGAGGGAAGCCCGUGUGGUGCCGCCGUGAAUCACGCGCAAGAAUGCGUUUAGUUGAUUUUUAUCUUUGAGGUUGUUCUCCAACGACAGCGUCGGGCACUAGGCGGUCGAAGAGGUGCUAAACAUAUGGUACACCUGUGCUGCGAAAAAAGACGCGUUGACUUGAGGCUUUUACGUAUCCGACGGCAAGC